AUGACCAAGGUGUCGCGCGCCUGCACCCAGUGCCGCCGUCGCAAGGUGAAAUGCACGGGCGAGACCCCGUGCAGGAACUGCAUCGACAACCGCCUGGGAUGCCGCAUCGACGAGGAAAAUGACGGCCGCCGCCGCCUGUCGGCCAAGCGGAAGAUCGAGUCUCUGCAGCAAGACCGCGACCUGCUGCUGGGCCUGCUGGAGAUCCUCCGCGGCGGCAGCUCCGGGCGUGUGGCCGAGGUGCUCGAUGUGAUCCGUCUCGGCGACAGUGCCGUCGAAGCGCUGCGGGCGUACCUGUUCGAUGGCGGCACGCGGCCCAAGCGAGUGCUCUCUUCCUCAUCCUCCUCCCUGUCGCCAUCGUUGCGGAGCCGUUCCAUCAGUACCGACUGGCCUGUCGUCCGGCCCAAGGUGAUGGAUGUCAAGCGCCUGGCCGAUAAGCCCCUCUACGACGUGCCCGCGCAGCCGUGGACCUCAGUCACCACCGACGACCAUUUCGUCUCACACCUAGUCUCCCUGUGGUUCACCUGGCACGGGAGCUCCCUGUUCAACCUCGUCAACCGCGACCUAUUUCUAAACUCCAUGUGCGCCGGGGACCCGGAACCGCCGUUUUGCUCAUCAUUUCUCGUCAACGCCAUUCUCGCCGAGGCUUGCGCCUAUUCGGACUAUGCCGAGAGCUACUCGAUAUACAACGAUCUAGCCACCAAGGGCGCCCAUUUCUACCAGGAAGCCAAACGAUUGCUCGAUCUCGAGGAAGGGCGAAGCACUCUGACCACCAUGCAAGGGCUAGGCGUCAUGUAUACAUGUUCUACGUUCAUGGGAAAAGAUCGCGUGGGGUGGAUGUACGUGACAAACGCAGUAGAGAGCGCGCGCGAGCUGUGCGCGAUGCGUGACCUCGGGGGGACAGAGCACGCAGUCAGAGAUGCGACUAUGGGCCUAUUUAACAGCGCCGGAGCCCUGAAGUUACACAAGAUGCCGCCGAUGAAGAAGAAACCGCUAUGCUCCCUAGUUCCGGAGUGCCAUGACCCGGCCGACCUGUGGACGCCGUACCCGCUCCCUAUGGACUCGCUACCGGUACACACGAGCUGUAUCUUCAACCACCUGGUGGACCUAACGGAGAUCAGCUACGACACGACAAGCUGUCUGUUUGGCGAGGACAGACUGCCACUCGCGCAAUUAGAGGUGACGGCACGCUCGCUGUCCCGUCGGCUGUCGACCUGGUACGCCGCGCUGCCGGACUGUAUCCAGGGGACAAACCGCGGUUCCUCGCCAGGGACAUUGAAUCUGCAAAUGUACUAUCACACCAUCAUCAUGACGCUGUACGGGUUCCUGCGGCACCCGGAGCCGUCGAUGCCGGCGCUGGCGCUGGCGAACGCGGCGAGCGCGCGGGCACGGUGUGUCGAGUCCGCGCGGACGGUGGCUCAACUGGUGCACACGCACCACGUGAAAUGGGGCGGGCAGCAGGUGCCGGCGGUGUAUGUGCACUGGAUCACGGUGGCGCUGUUCACCCUGCUGGAGGAGCUGGACCAGGCAGAGUGCCGGGCGGCGUUCCUGUCGCUGAGCCGGUCCGCGCAGAGUCUAUGGCGGCGCUGGCCGCUCUCUAUUGGGACGUUCCGACUGGUACAGCUGAGCGCCGAACGGCGGGCGAGGGAACCCCGAGGCAAAGAACUGCCAGGCGAGGUGGCCGAGGUGUUUGCGCACUUCGAGCGAGAGGUCUGGAAGACGCACCAGGGCCGCUUGCGAUUCAGCAGUCUGUAUCCCAACCUGGCUGAGGCUGUCAUCACGGGGCCAGGUGGGUGUGUUGAACUAGACCAACUACUACAGCAGUACGACAGAUAG